CCGUCGAGUGAAUACCACAGAGAAUAGGAAAACUAGUGUUACAACGUACUAGAUUCACAGUGAUAAUUCUUGACGAAACAGUUGUUAUCGAUUAUCGUGAGAGCCAUUAUAUUCUUGCGCAAAGUAUAGUGUGUAUUUUUAGUUUCUAUUUCCUGCAGCUAUCAUCCUAUGGUGGGUGGCCUCAAUAUUUAACCAGAAUCCAGGUCUUUGGAAAACGUUCAGGCGUAACAACCUACUUUUUAACGACAUUUCAACAAUGAAGACGAUUGCAUUCAAUCCUGUGCUGCUGACCAUCGUUCUGGUGAUAUUCAGCUAUGCGGAUGCCAAAGGAAUUAAAUUCAAAGCUCCAAAGGCUCCGAAACCACACAUUCCGUCCGUUAGUAUACCAAAACCCAAAAUUCCAGUGAUUGUUCCUGUGCCUAUAAUACUUCCAGUCGGUGGUUUCGGCAGCGACCAUUAUUUUAACAGAAACCAUUACAUCAACAGAAACAGCAGGCUACAGUGUUAUUCCUGCGAAGGCACCGACAACGAUCUCUGUGCAAUCAGUCCAGCUACCAGCUCAAGAAAAGUGACAUGUGCAGAGAAAAAUAUGUUUUGCAGCGUCGUCCGGAAAGAAAUACCCAUAGGUACGUUAACACUUUCCAACGUCACAUCACCAACGGCCAAUGAAACAGUUAUCGUUUCUAUUGACUCACAAAGUUCGACCGUGUCGCCAUCGUCCACCACCGAAGUUUUUCCGGGGAAUACGCCCACCACUGAAGCAAGUGUUUCGCCCUCCAGUGUUGAUUCCAUGACAACGGAUACGUCUGCUGCUAACGGUACGAUCGAACUCGACGACGGUGGGAAUUCCACAGCACUGUCACGAAGUACCCGAACCACGGCCGUUCGCGUUGUGAUUCAACGGGGUUGCAAAUCAUUGGACUUUAUUGAAGGCGUAUUGCUAUCCGCGACCAGCAAAAAGAAUAGCAACGAGUCGGAGUAUGUUAAUGCACAACUGUGUACGACGAGCUUGUGCAAUUCAGGCGAUGGACGUCUGAGGUGUUACGAAUGCACUGGAAAGGGCCAAAAUGACAGCUGUAUGGUUAAACCAUCCACCGUGGCUAAAGUGGUGAUGUGCCAACCGAAAGAAGCUUGUUAUGUAGAACGGAAGACGGUCACGUCAAAUUCGACUUUCACCAACUCUACUGAAGUGGAAAUCACGGUUUCAAGAGGUUGCAGAGCAGCCUCACAAACUGACGAUCAGAAUGUUAUUUCGAGGAAUGAUGGAAAAUUGGAUAUGUCAUGUCGCCUGAGCGAUUUCUGCAACUCUUUUGACGCGAAUAGGCUUGAACGCUCGAAUUCAGCAGGUAUAAUGCAUGCAAAAUUGUCAUCCUUUGUUGUAAUAUUCCUUGUUACCCAUCUCCUUAUCCAAAAUUAAAAAGUACUGUUUUCAAAAUCGGCAGUUACAAUCUAGCAACUGAUAACUUAUUUAUGAUUUUAUGGGGAAUUUCCUAGGUUGCUGUUUAUAUUGCAUAAGGAAACGUGGUUCUGUUCCCAAUAGAUUAGACAUGUUGAGCAACGGAAAACACGGUAUUGAGAAACGAACAAUAUAUCCCUUUUUCACUGAUAA